AUGCCUACACGCAAAGACCGUUUCCGUCCUAGUGCGGCAUCAGGAUACAUCUCAGCAGGCCUAGUAGCCGUGCUGGUAGGUGGCUGGUGGACGGCAGUGACAGGAACAGUUGUCUCGCUCACUUCUACCGAUAAUUAUUUGCCUUGUGAGUUCACGCCAGGAUCUGGAGGUGAGUUGAAGAAUGCAGGAUGGCGACCGGCCCGAAUUAUGUGCAACGAGAAAGCCUCGGCCAACUUUGGAGAACAUUUGCCUCGUCUAGUCGUAGGUGGUACAGAGAAAGGCCUGAUUGAACUGGUUAUCAAGGCCAGUCCAAAAUUGACUACUUGCAGCACAGGAAUAUUUAAGGAUUCAAGAGGUCAACUUCACCGGCUUGUGAUUGAAGGUGGACGAAUGCAUAUAUUCGAGCGCGCUUGUCUGGAGAAGCUGUCACAAUUGCAAGAGUUGGUGAUACGAAAUGCUUUUCGGCCAUCCGAUGCUAAAGUGAAAAAGGGUUCCGGAUCAUUGGUGAAUAGGCUGUUCUCGAACAAAUUCAACUACGGUGAGUUGGCUGACUUACAAAGCCUGCUACGACUGGAGCUGGAAAAUGUAGAACUGUCUAGCGAACUGCCAGAUGGAGCUUUCAGAGGGUUUAGCCAGCGAUUGGAACGUCUCCGACUGGCUGGAAAUCAGCUUCCUAGUCUUGACAACCGGGCAUUUCAACACAGUAGGAUAGGAGACAGUUUGAGAUGGCUGGGACUCGAAUACCAACCGGAUGGCAUGCAGCUGCUACGAAACGCGAAGAUUUGGGCUGAGCCAUUUACUCGCUUGACCAGCAUCAGUUUAGAUGGGAAUCCACUAGAUUCACGCGGAAAAUCGGCAAAGCUGGACUUUGGCAUUAAGGUGAACAUGCGUCUGGUGGAACUCAGUCUUCAGGACUGCAGCAUCGGCGAUCUGCCCGCAACGGGAAAACCGGGCCUCGAUCUCUCGCCGAUUGGCGAACAGUUGAGACGCUUGUAUCUGGGUGGCAACCCGAUAUCAAGUCGGGGCGAACUCGACAGGAAGCAUCGACUAUCAGGACUAGUGCGCUUUUCGCGACUCGAACAUCUUCAGGUAAACGGUGUCUUGCCGGGCUUGGACGACCUGCCCAGCUGCCUGACGACGAGCAAAUCGGAUUCUGGAAUGCCCAGUCUGCGGACCCUUCGGAUAGAGCAUAGUGGCCUUCGUCAUCUGGGUCCCAAUAGUCUUCCUGGCCAGCUACUAAGGCUCCACCUGUCGGCCAACCCACUGGAAACUGUAAGCCCCGAUUGGGCGGUCGACGGGAUAUUUUUUCAGGGAAGACGAGCAGAAGUUCAAUUGCAGGAGCUACAGCUCAAUGAGAUCCGGCUGGCUAGUGUCCAAGUGGGCACCUAUCAGGGCGCAUGGAACAGGGCUCUUUUACGUCUGGCUGGCUCGUUGCGGACCAUUGGGAUGAACGGCUGUGAGAUCACAUCAGAGGCGCUAAAACCGAUUCAUCAUCAGACUGUGACAGAAGAUAACGGCCAUGCUAUUCUGAAUCCGUUGGCUAAAACCGGCCAAGAAGUGGAAAUAGAAGUUGUUGGCGCUACGCCCACCGGCAGUGGGACUGGUCUGCGUCUCGGACUGAAUCAGCUCACCCAAUUGGAAACGAUACUGCUGGCGCGUAAUCAACUGACGCGGAUCCCAAAGGGCGCAUUUGCCAGGCUCACGAAACUUCGAAUAUUGGUACUCCACUCAAAUCGGCUCGAAAGUCUAAGCGAGACAACUCCCAGCCAGGCUGAUACUAAAGAAGGCAUGGUCAACGAUUUUGAGAAGAGUGUUGACAAGCUGUCCCAGAGUCUAAGUCGCGACGGACCGCUAGAACACCUCGACCUGAGCAAAAACAAACUGACCACUCUGGAGCGUUGCGCACCGUCACUGGGCUUUUCGCUUCCACUGGAGGACUUGCUGCCUAGGGUACCAAAGUGGCUAGCGAGAAGUAUGCAUGAUCGGCCGCUAAAAGCUCGAGUAGGAGAGUUGGGCGAGGAUAAUGAGGCCAAGGAGGAUAAUCAAGGAGACUGGCCGAUGUGGCAGGGGGGCCUAAUUUUGCGUGAAAACCAGUUAGAAUGCGACUGUCGACUGGCAUGGCUAAGAAGAUUUGUAAACAGCAUGACAGAACGAGUGAGACAGCAGUACAAGGAUGAGUCAGAUGGAGAUAGAGGAGGAAUGAGAGAGACGCCAAUUGGAUACCAGAUCUACCUUAAGCAAGCAAUCGACUUUCCCUGUCACGGCUCUAAUCGGCUGACUGGACGAAACUUUCUAAGUCUAAGUCCGGAAGAGUUGGACAGCCUAUCGGAAAAGUGUUGUCCCGCGGGCAUUAAGACCUGCCACAUAAGCAAGCCGGAAGUAACUUGCGCCCAGGCUGAAGAGGGCGAGGAAGCUGAAAAAUUGGGCCCGGUCAGCCUACUUUCGGUGGCCCGCUAUGACGAGGCUGCUAAUGCUGUACGGCUAAAUGUCCGUCUCGACGAGAUGACUGCGACUUGGCGGCGGAACCGAGAGGAUCCGGAGAUAUGGCACGAUUCAAUGAUGCGCGAGCUCUGGACCGCAAUCAAAGCUAGAAAGUCGGAGACAAGUAAAGGAGACAUUGAUAGUACCGGUAGAAAUAGCAGCAGCGGCUUGAUAGAAUCGGCUAAGGCAGCAUCUCAUCUGGACCUGACUCAGUAUGCCUUUGUUGUCAUCUAUUGGCCAACUGGCUUGCCGGAUAGAGCAACUCACGGAGACAGACUGCACAACCCACCUGAUCCAGAAGCUGGCGAUGAGCGUACACGUGUUUCUCACACUGACAGAGAUCAGAAGUUGCUUUACAGCCUGUUUAUAAGCCCGGCGCGCAGCAGUACAGCUUAUACGAUCUGUUUGCGUGAAGUCAAGAUUCAACAAAUAACUGCUUACGCUUGCCAAAUCAUGCAACCAUUUAACACUUUUGAGAGUCCCGACGAUGGCCAAACUGAAUGGCCGAGCAUAGAAAAACUGCUCGUGGGAGCUGGAAUCGGUGUGGCUGGUUUCGGACUGCUUGCACUCUGCUGUAUCGUCUUUAUUUGUCUGUGUAGACGAGCCCGAAAGAGACGCCGUGCAGGCCAGAUGGGGAAGCCGAGGUACAGGCAGGAGAAACAGCGUCGACACUGUUCAGCUUGCUGCGCCACGAAUCGGUAUGUUCAAGCCUCAGCAAGCAUACCAAACGUCGUGGUAGCACCAUCGGAACCACUCAGAUUUAGUCGUGGCCCGAGAGAAGGCCGGCGAUCAGAGUACAACCUGCCAACGCCGCCUCCACUGCCACCCCCCCGGCCUGAUACUGGGGACUUGAGUAGAAGUAGUCUACUGGCGAGAAUGGAUAGUGGGACAGAAGGCGUGUAUUCCGGUCUUGGGGAUCUGCCUCCCGAAGCGCUUUACCUGGAGCCACGACAGGUGGGGGCGAUAAUUUCUUCAGACGGUCGGAAGAUUCCGCUGCCUGACGAUCGACGGCAAUCGGCAGCAAUCCGGCCUUCAAGUCAAAGAGGCAAAUCUGUACUUCAGGAAAAAGACGAAGCAGGCGAAAAGUCGUGGACGAUUGGCAAAAGGAUAAGCGGUGAUGGGCAAGAGCAGCCUGCGAAGAUGGGCUGUCGCUGUGACGAGGCAGGAUUGGCAUUGUCAGCUGAUUGGAAGAGGAAACGGUUCAUCGAACAGCGAAGCCUAAGUCAAAACGACCUAGCCGAUAGGGCGGGCCAAGCAAGCUCCUUGAGAGGCUUGGACAGAACUGGAAGGCUUGGAUGUGAAGAUGUGCUACUGUUGAGCAAUGUUGACGAUGCAGUAGCACCGACAAGGAAUGUACUGAUGCGCAGCUGGCGAAAAGUGAAGCGUCUAUUGACUCGACGGCCUCAAUCGCCACCGCCUGAGCGUCAGACGACGAUGCAGCUGUUGCCACCACAGCCGCUAGGAGGACUAAACACUCGCUAUCCAUCCACGCCAAACUUGCCUAUGCCGUUCUGGUUGAUGCCACGAGAGGAUCAACUAGCCGCCAGUGGAAUGAAUGCAGAUGAGAUCGAAGUCUACAUGCAGGGAAGGCGAGAUAGAGACGAGGAAGACAACUACUUGGGUCUACAACCAACAAAUGGAGAAGAUAGAGAUGAUGAAUAUUUGCCAAUGUCAAGUUUGAGUUUCAGAGAUAAAUUGGCCAAUUUCAGCAAAGACAUGAAAAAUGAGCAUUUUAGAUCUGAACUAACGAGUCCCGGGCAUCAGGAUCGCACGGCAAAGAAUAACAAGGGCCUAGUCCAUGAUGGUCAAUUGAGGAGAAAACCAUCCAAGUCGGCCGACCUGGAGAGAAGGCAGCGCGGCCAUGUUCCAGUGCAACUAGGCGAUCUGUAUGAAGUGAAUCCGUAUGGGGUGAGAUCGAAUUCAAUCAGAAGAGCAGAGCAGAGUAGCAUGAAUCAGGAUGUGAAGAAAUGUGAAGAAUCUCAAGCAGAAAUAAUAGAAAGUGGUAGAGCAGAUAGCAGGCCACAAGCAGGUACUGAAGCAACAGUAACUGGGCGAAGGAUACUGCACAAUAGACCACCGAAGCCUAAAGUUCGAACCCCGACGCAAAUAAAACAGACAAUGCAUUCAGGUGUAGAAAAGAUGUGCUACGAGGACUUGCCGCCACCCCCUCCACCCCCGCCGCCAUUAAAGGAGGCAUUACCAUUCCGUCUACCUCCGUUUCCCGCAAACAGACCAAUUCCUUUAUCGAGCCCAGUAACGCAGAACAAGUUACACGAUAAACCUAUAUCUUCCAAAGAUGAUCCCAUAAGCAGACAUGCAGAUAGAUGA